AUGAACAUCCCGAUGGACGACGUGGCUAUCGAGCAAUACGCCAAUUGGCUCGAUAAGUUCGAAAAGACAGACCCGGAUAGCUACAAAGAGUUCAUCGCUACGAUACAGAGUCAAUUACAGACUGCAGAAUUGGAACACGAGGCUGUUACUAGUUUGCAAGAAGGUGAUAAUAAUGCUGAUCUAUACGACAUCUUCAAGAGCUCUGCAAGUGCACGAGGAUCAUCAUUCACGCCACGUUUUCCUGGUGAUAAGGUCAUGGGGGAGGACGGCUUGAAAGCUACGCAGGAAGGAAUGUACAUUGAUGUGAAGCCUGGUUUUCUGAUGAAGACAAAUGAUACCAAAACAAAGAAGAAGGUAUUUGUGAAUGUGGUUUAUGCCAACGAGAUUCACGUGUUUUCAAAGACGACGAAAUUGAAUGACGAGGGCAACGAGCAAGAGGGAAUCCAAGUGCCGCUGAGUCUAAGUGCGCCACGUGAGGUCAAAGAUAAGAUGGGAGCGAGUUCACUGGCUUUUGACGUGGCGGUGAACACGAAAGUCGUGGAAAAUUGCCACGCAGACAAAACAGGCGCCUUCCGCAACUUUGUAUGUGAGUUGGCGAUCAAACACAUUGAUCAAAAGUACAAAAUCAAGCUGAAUGAUCGCUACAAACUGCCGCGGUUGACAUACCGUGGAGAGCUACCUCCACCAAAGCACUAUAUUCGAAAAACACAAGCACCGAUUAUUCAAGAAGUUACAACGGAAAUUUCGGCAGCUUUAAAGAAGACUCGCGCGUCAACAUGUACAGCCCAGAAGGUACCGCAUACAUCAAGCGUUCCGACGACAGCUACAGCACAUUUUGACAUACUUGAGGAGCGCAAAGGUGUUCGUGUAGUUUGUCAAAGAUGUUCUUCUGUUAUGGAGGGUAGCACCCCAUUAUCACCUGCGAUACUGGAGCAAGCAGGGGAUCGGUUGAUCGUCUGUAUCAAAUUUGAAAACAAUGUGCAGACGGCUAGUGAUGUCGAGCUCGAAUUGCAAGCCGAGCGAUUGACUGUCAAAACAGCCACGCACAAUGAUUUGGAAAUUUUUCUUCCGUACCCUGUAGAUGUAAACUCGACAAGAGUUUGCUUCGAUCAGGUUUGCAACACAAUGGACGUAAUGCUCACAAUCGACAAGUUUUGGGAUACUCUCGGACCUGACUGCGGUUCAGCUCCAUGGCUUCUCGCGCGGGCUAAAGAAAACGAUUUACAGAUUUCCGGGCUAGCAACGACUGCUGAUUCUGAUCGAGAGAAGCCAAAGACACUGGUGGAGAUGUUUCAGCUUGCCAACGGACAGACUGCUAGACAAUGGGACCCUGUAAUAGAGGAUGAAGAGCUACCCGAGGAUCAAUUCCAUCGCAAGAAUGUAAUGUCCAUGCAUAUCUUGGAGCAGCAGCGAGUCGAACGCGAGCACAAAAAGAAGCAACCAGUAGCCAAACGGAUACGGAGACGUGCUACGGUAGAAGAGGCCGGGCAGCAGAUGUACCAAAAUGAACCAGAAAUAACUCACAUCGACGUGGACGACAUCGUGCAACAAGAAAUAUCAAGACUUGACCGUCACCAACAACAACAAAAAGAAGAAACCGAUCCUGAUAAAGACUGCAUGUCUAUGGAGGAUGCAAAGCGAAUGGCAGCCAAAUGGUCCGAAAACAACAAGCACGGCAUCCUCAAUCUGCAAACUGCUUUGACAUUUGAUCUACUCUGA